GACAUUGUCCACUAGGGGUGUGUUGAUAGAUUGAUCUCGGUGGCAACCAGCCAGCACAGCAGCCUACAGACAGUAGUCUGGACUAGAGGCGCGGAGUAGGACUUAAACGUUAUUAUCGGUUCUGUAUAAGUAUUUGUUUAUAGCCGUAACGAUUGUAAGAUAAGUAUUUUGAUGUUCAUGGCGUUAUAGUCAAAGAUAUCGCUUGUUUAAGCUAGACGCUUUUUCGGGCCACAUUUCGCCAGGCAGCGUGCCUGCAACAUGGCUAACAACACAGCGGCCGGGAACCAGCAACAAGCACAGGCCGUCUGCAAGCCUACCGCUGGAAAACAUGGAAACGUCUUGCCUCUGUGGGGCAACGAAAAGACUAUGAACUUGAAUCCUAUGAUCCUCACCAACGUGCUAUCAUCUCCAUAUUUCAAAGUUCAGCUAUAUGAACUUAAAACCUACCAUGAGGUCGUGGACGAAAUAUAUUUCAAGGUAAAUCAUGUAGAGCCCUGGGAAAAGGGUAGCCGGAAGACUGCGGGGCAGACAGGAAUGUGCGGAGGGGUGCGUGGCGUAGGCACCGGCGGUAUUGUGUCCACAGCUUUUUGCCUACUUUACAAGCUGUUCACGCUCAAGCUCACUCGCAAGCAGGUGAUGGGUCUAAUCACACACUCAGACUCGCCCUACAUCAGAGCGCUUGGCUUCAUGUACAUAAGAUACACCCAGCCACCUCCGGACCUAGUGGACUGGUACGAUGGCUUCCUGGAUGAUGAGGAGGAGCUGGACGUGAAGGCAGGCGGGGGCUGUGUGAUGACCGUCGGAGAGAUGCUGCGCUCCUUCCUCACCAAGCUAGAGUGGUUCUCCACCCUGUUCCCCCGCAUCCCCGUGCCCGUCCAGAAGAUGAUCGACCAGCAGAUGAAGGCCCGGCCCCGGAAGGUUCCGCAGAACGAGGGGAAGGUGGAAGAAGAGGAGGACGAGGAGGAGGAGGAGACCGGGGGGGAAGACCUGGGGAGGCCGGGGGUGGAGCGACGGAGGUCCAGGUCCCCCAGGAGAACUCCGAGCCCCCGCCGCUCCCCCAAGCGCUCCAGGAGCCGGAGUCACCACCGCGACCGGCACGGCGCCAGCUUCGACAACGAGCUGGAGCGGGAGCGGGACCGUCAGAAGAAGGAGAAGGAGAGGGGGGGUGGAGACAGGGGAGACAGGGAGAGGGGGGGGGGAGACAGGGAGAGGGGGGGGGGGGACAGGAUCCGCGAACGCCGCCACAGCGCCAGCCGAGAGCGGCGCGGUGACCGGAAGGAGAAGGAGAAGGACGGGGGAGGAGAGAACGACCGGAGCAAGAGAAAGGACAGGGACCACCACAAGGGCAGCGACAGGGAGAGGAGCAGGGGGGAGAGGAGCAGGGGGGAGACGGAGGAGAGGAGGGGACACAAGGAGGAGAGGGAGGACAGGGGGGGGAGGCACAGGGAGGAGAGGAAGGCCAAGCGCUCCAGCAGGAGCAGGAGCAGGGAGAGGAGGCACAAGGCGGAGAGGGGGGAGGAGAAGAGCAGGAAGAAGGACAAGGAGAGGGAGAGGAGCAGCGCCAGCAGGGAGCGGGAGGGGGAGCCGCGCGCUCACAAGCACAGCGCCAGCAAGGAGCGCCACCGGCAGAGAGAGUCCAAUAACGGGAAGGAGCCGGGUCGCCACGCGGAGAGAGAGAGGGUGGAGAGAACGACGCAUGGAAGCAGGGCUGACUCGCCCUAGCCCCUCUCUCCUCCUCACACACAUCUAUCCCUUCAUCCCUCUCUCUUUUUCUCUCCUUUCUUACUUUUUUCUUUUUUUUACCUGAUUGUCUAGUAUGUCAUGUGUAUGAAAACAAAAAAAGUUAAAACUGAGAACAAGUCAUUAGCACAACAAACACCUGGACUGGUCAUGUCUUGGCCGAUGUGAUGUUGUUUAAUGUAGAACUCUCUCUCCUUUCCUCCCUCGCUGUCUUGGCCAGUCCUCAUCUGAGACGACUGAAAAUGAGAGGUGGGGGGGGGAGGCAUUUUAAUUUUUUUUUAUGAUUUGUUUUGUUUUUUUCCCUCUCUCUUUCUCUGGGAAGUUCCAAACAGCUUUGUACAUACUGGUUGUAAGAAUGUUUUAAACCUGUAGAGCUGCCAGCCAGGAUGGGUUUGGAUGUGUCACCUUCUGACCCCGCCCACCAUCGCGCUGUAUUUGGCUUAUUGCUCUGUUGCAUUUUGUUUUCUAAUAAAAUAAAAUCCAAACUACUUUUAUGGAAGGAACA